ACAACCAGUGCGGAGAUAAGUGGUGUGUUUUAGUGGAAUAGACGCCGGUCUUGUGUUUUAGAUGCAAAACAAGAUGCAAUGCAUUUUCUUGCCGAAUUCAAGAAAAUUUCUCCAUGCUAACAGGAAAAGGUGGAGGACGAGGGUCAAAAAAAGGGUGUUUAUUUCCCCAAAUUUCAUUCGCUUAAUAUGAAUCAUAGUGAUCAAAUGCAAUGCUAAAGUGCAUCAAAAGUGGGGAAAAAGGUUGGAGAAAUAUAGUAUGAUCCAAGACAAUCGAUUUGCACCAGAUCGGGUGACAGUACCACAUUUCCCUCUUUACUACGGUGAUCUUCACAACGCUCCCUAACAGCAAAGAUGAGCGGUAGCAUCGAUCCUACCAUCGAAGCAAGGCGCUCUUCAUCAUCACCUCAAGAAACAAUUGCGGAUGUUGAAAAGCAGGCACAAUCUAACCAAUUGAACGAGAAGGAGAAAAAGGAUAUCGAAGAUGGACAAAUUGCUACAAGAGAUGUUAAUUUGACGAAGAAGAAUUCCAAACCGCCAGUUCAACAAGUAGAAGGUCAUAAUGCAUAUUACACCCUUCAUGAAGAUGGCACAAAAGUUCUCACAUUCGGAGGUGAAUCCGACAUGGAAAAUCCACGUAAUUGGUCCAAAGCACAAAAGUGGUAUUUGACAGUUUUGUGUUCGUACAUCAACGUUCUUGUUGCUUCUCAAGCCAGUGUUUACUCAACCGGUCAAGCACAAGUUGAAAAAGAAUUCGGAAUCGGUGAAGAAUUGGCAAUUGCAGGUUUAUCACUUUAUGUUUUAGGUUUCGCAAUUGGACCAAUAAUCUUUGCUCCUUUAUCGGAAAUGUUUGGAAGAAGGAUCAUUUAUGUCGCUUGUUGGUUCUUGUUUGUUGUUCUGCAAUUUGGCGUCGCUUUUGCUCCAAAUAUUCCAGUCUUAUUCGUUUUUCGAUUCUUGACUGGAUUCUUUUCUUCUCCUCCUUUGGCAAAUACCGGUGGAGUGAUAAGUGAUUUAUGGGGUCGAGAUGAAAGUGGACCGGCAAUGGCAGUGUAUGUUGUUGGAUCAACGUGUGGUCCACAGAUUGGUAAUAUCUAUGCCGGUUUCAUUGCACAAAAUUUAGGAUGGAGAUGGGUAUUCUACCUGACAAGUUUAUUGAUCAUGGGCUUGCAUUGGUUCGUAUUGGUCUUCACACUGAAAGAAACUCGUCAUAAUAUCAUCCUCAAGAAUAAGGUAAAACGAAUCAAGAAAGCAACUGGAGACAAUUCAUUCGUUUCCGUUCAUGAAGAUGAGCGUAAGUCAAUGCUUACUUUAUUCAAAAUUUCGCUUUCACGUCCAAUAUAUUUCUUAUGCACUGAACCGAUCACAAUGUUUGCCGCUUUAUGGAACGGAUUGCUCUAUGGAUUAAUCUUCUUAUUCAAUGAUGCAUUCAAUAGUGUUUUCGGUCCAGAAAGUGCUUAUGGAUUCCAGCAUUCCGGUGUCGUGCAAAUCACAUUUGUCAGUUUUGUGAUUGGUGAAUUUAUUGGAUUCGGAAUAUACUUUUUCACCCAAGAACCAUUUUAUCAACGUCAAAUCAAAAAAGCAGGUCAAAGUGUCCCCGAAGCAAGAAUGGCAAGCGGUGUGGUUGGCUGUUGUUUAUUACCAAUCGGUUUGUUCAUCUUUGCAUGGACUUGUUAUCCUUCCAUUUCUCCAGUCGUUCCUCUUAUUGGAGCAGCAGUCUUUGGAGUUGGAUUCUUUCAAGUUUUGUAUGGAAUCAUGUCUUGGACCGUGGAUGCAUACAGAGAAUAUGCUGCUUCUGCUCUGGGUGCCGUCGUUCUCGUUCGUAAUUUGUUCGGUGCAGGCUUGCCCCUUGCCGGUGCGCCAAUGUAUAAAAACCUUGGGAUUCAUUGGGCCACUUCUUUGAUCGCUUUCGUCAGUGUCCCCCUGAUCCCCGUUUCAUGGUUCUUCUUUUGGAAAGGAGAAGAAAUUCGUAAACGUAGCCCGUGGGCUGCAAGUCAUUAUGGCGAUGACGAAGAUGCACCUCAUUGAUCAAGCCUCUUCAAGUUUCGUCAAAUGCCAUUGUACAUUCGUAUAAAUAAAUCACAUAAAUCUACAAAAAAAAUAAAUGUCAAAAGAG